CGCAAAGGGAGACAUGAAGCGUGCGAACACGACAACACACAAAUAGUAUCAGAUCGGCUUCGGUCGGUUGGUCAUCUCUAUUUCUCUAAUAAAAUGAGAACGCUUUGUCCUAAUUUCGACAGAGAAGACGGUUUAGAGACGGUGUUGGAAGUACCGAUGCCGGAGGAGUUGUUCUGUUCCGACAGCAACAACAAGAGCGGCGCUUGGCGAAGCGUCAAGUCUAGUUUGCUCUGGUCACCGCCGGAUAACAAUAGCAGCCUCGCCACUCUUUUCGGCGGCCGCGAUGCUCAGAUUCAGAUGCUUCUUGGAAUCGUUGGAGCUCCGUCGAUCCCUCUUCCUCUCUCCUCCGGUCACGACGUUCUUGAUCAUCCCAUCUCCAAUCUCAUCAAAAACCAAUCUAUUCUCGUGGUUUCCGGUUGCAAAGUCAGUGCCGGUUGUGAUGGUAACGUGGCUUGGAAGCAAAGUCCUUGGCUGGCACAUUCUCAUGCUUGUAAUGAACCUUCUGGACCACUUAGAAGAUUCCUUCAAGGGCUUGAUCCAAAAACCACAGCAGAUUUGUUUGCGGGAUCGGUUUGCAUGGGCGAGAAAGCGGUUAACGACGAAGAAUGCUUUGUGCUUAAGCUCGAAACGCAGCCUUCAGGGCUUAAAUCAAGAAGCAAGAGCGGUAUAGAGACGGUGAAGCAUACCGUGUGGGGAUGUUUUAGUCAAAGAACAGGACUUUUGGUCCAGUUAGAGGACACUUACCUCGUACGGAUCAAGACUGGUCCAGAAGAAGAAGAUAUGGUCUUAUGGGAAACGACUGCUGAGACAAUGAUCCAAGAUUAUAAGAGCGUUGAUGGGAUUCAGAUCGCUCACAGAGGAAGGACACGUGUCUCAUUGUUGAGGCAUGAUGAGAGCUUAGAGAGGCAUUCAAAGACUACAAUGGAAGAGAGUUGGGAGAUUGAAGAAGUGGGUUUUAAUGUGAAGGGUUUGUCUUCUGAUUUCUUCUUGCCUCCAGGUGACUUGUGUACCAAGGAAGAUGAAGAAAGUGGGUUUGAUUUCGGAGAUUAUAGUAGUCCUAUGCUGCUUCCAUUGAAGGUUAGCACAGAUUCGUGGAAACUCAAGUCCUCUAAAGUCACAGCUAUGGAAGAUUUUGGGGAAUUUGAGGGA